GCACCGCCCUUCUUAGCCACGCCAGCCCAGCGGUCGCUCUUUGGCCAGCAGCGCUCGCGUUGGCCACUUCUCUCUGCGCCGGUGCGCAUCGUCCUUCCUUCUCGCCACCAACCCGACCUGCUCAUCCCCACAGGUCACCCUUCCCUUCCCAUACCCCCCCACCACACUCCCUCAGCAAUGAGCACGAAGCACGUCUUCCCCACCGCCGAGGGCCUCGUCGAGAAGGCCGAGCGCGGCGCCGUUGCGCUCAACCCUGCACUGCGCUUCUACGCCAAGCACAAGGUCAUCUACGAUGCGACGCACUCCAACGACAAGGUCGCCAUCAUCUCCGGCGGCGGCGCCGGCCACGAGCCGGGCCACGCGGGCGUCAUUGGCAAGGGCAUGCUCACUGCCGCCAUCUCUGGCGAGGUCUUUGCCUCGCCGUCGGCCAGCCAGAUCUGCUCCGGCCUCGACCUGGCCAACACCGACGCCGGCGUCAUCAUGGUCGUGAACAACUACACCGGCGACUGCCUCAACUUCGGCCUGGCUGCCGAAAAGGCACGCGCGGCCCUUGCCAUCUCGGGCAACAAGAAGAGCGGCGGCGUCGAGAUGGUCAUCAUCGGCGACGACGUUGCCGUGGGCCGUGCGCGCGGCGGCCUCGUCGGCCGCCGCGGCCUCGGCGGCAACAUCUUCACGUGCAAGAUUCUCGGCGCCGGCACGCAGAAGGGCCUCAAUGUGCAGCAGCUCAAGAAGCUCGGCGACUCUACGAUUGCCAACACGGUCACCGUGGGCAUGUCGCUCGACCACUGCCACGUGCCCGGCCGUCCCAAAGAGCGCGAGGAGUGGGGCGGCCUGCCCGACGAGGCGUGCGAGAUUGGCCUGGGCAUCCACAACGAGCCCGGCUUCAAGCGUCUGGACCGCGUGCCGGAGCCCGACAAGCUCAUUGGCGAGAUGCUCGGCUACCUGCUCAACACCGACGACGAGGACCGCCACUACCUCGACUUUGACAGGGACGACGCGCCGGUGCUCUUCAUCAACAACCUCGGCGGCAUGAGCCAGCUCGAGAUGAACGCCAUCACCGACGUGACGAUUGAGCAGCUCGCCAAGACGUGGAGCCUGCACCCGUCGCGCGUGUACUGCAACCAGUACAUGACGUCGCUCAACGCGCCCGGCUUUGGCAUUUCGCUCGUGAACCACAAGAACGUGGCGCGCGAGACGGGCGAGGACCUGCUGGCGCUGCUCGACGCGCCCACCGACGCGUACGCCUGGUCGGGCGUGCAGACGGGCUGGGGCAAGGCGACGGGCCAGCCUCGGGACCGUGCGGCCGAGGAGAAGGAGGCGUCGGACCGGCUCGAUGCCGUGCGCGCCCAGGGCGGAUCCGUCUCGGGCCUCUCUGCCGACGCCGGCAAGUCGGCUGGCGGCCCUUCCAACGCCGAUCCGGCACUCGCGCGUCGUGCGAUUGAGGGUGCCUGCAAGUCGGCCAUCGCUGCCGAGCCGGACCUGACGCGCUUCGACACCAUCGUCGGCGACGGCGACUGCGGCGAGACGCUGGCGUUUGCCAGCAACGCCGUGCUCAAGGCGCUGCGGGAGGACAAGAUUGACCUGAACAACGCCGCCGGCACGUGUCUGACGCUCGGCACCGUGCUGGAGUCGGCCAUGGGCGGCACUUCCGGCGCCAUCUACGCCCUCUUCUUCGCCGGCCUCGUGCAGGGCAUCGUCAAUGGUCCCGGCAAGACUGGCUCUGCCGCCGGCCUGGCGGAGUGGGGCUACGCGGCCAAGUCUGCGCUCGAGCAGCUGGGCACCUACACGCCCGCGCGCCCGGGCGACCGCACCCUCGUCGAUGCGCUGACGCCGUUCUGCGUCGAGCUGGGCGCGGGCAAGAGCCUGGCCGAGGCGGUGGCGGCGUGCAAGAAGGGCGCAGAGGCGACAAAGGGCAUGAAGGCGCGCCUGGGACGGGCCACGUACGUGGCGAGCAUGGAGGGCGACAUGCCGCCGGACCCGGGAGCGUGGGGCGUGUGGGCUCUCACCGAGGGCCUGCUCAAGGAGCUGUAG